UGGUACCUUAUUACUCACCUUCUCUAGUCUCGUAGCUUUUAUCUCUUGUGAUCAUAUAAGCUUUAAGAAUCUUCAUCCCAUGACGUAAAGUGGCUGUUUUCUGCCAUUCAUCCAUAGCUAAUUGCAAAAGAACAGAAGAUGAGACUACACUGAAAGUGAGGAAAAUAUGGCACCCAAAAAAGCUGCAGCUGGGAAAAAGGAACCUGGAGCCAAAGAUGCAGACAAAGAUGCAGCAGCUAAAGAUGAUGCUGAAAAACCCAAGGAUGAGUCAACAUCCCCGAGCCUGAUGGAAAAAUUACGUCUAUCUCCCACUUUGGCAUAUAUUUGCAUCACGUUCUGUACUCUUCUCAGUAUUGCUGCCUUGGGAAUGAUGGGCCUGUUUCUAUUCGAAUUUUUGAAAACAGCUAUACUACGUGCAGCAGCAGCUGAAAUUGAAGCGUUUAUGGAUACAGUGGAACCCGAUCUCCGAGAUAAUACAACCCUAGAAAAACUCAUUGCAGUCCACAGCUAUGCAGAUAAAUUGGCAGGAUGGGCUACACAAAGUAUUGCAGUGGAAAAGGCAAUUGCGGAAGUUACUGCACUACUUGAGCAAAAAUGGCAGGCACAUGAUGGCAGCAUCUAUUUAUUUCCCGACCCAUCGAAGACGUUUCAAGAAGCAGCAGAUUUUUGUGUGACCCAGAAUGCCACCUUGCCUACCGUUGAAACUGAAAUGGAAGAGGAGUUUCUGGAAACCAUUAUCGCGACUCAGCCUGAUUCUUCCUGGAUUGGACUCCGGAAGAAAAAUAACAAAUGGGAAUGGUUGGACGGGAGGCCUUUGUUAGUGACGUUCUGGGCUGCUGAUAAACCAACAACAAAUGGUCCAGACUGUGUCAUUGUGGAUACCGCGUGCACAAUGCCCAGGCAGUGUUGGAUGGAUAUAGCAUGCAAUGAAACAAAGAAAAGUGUUUGUAAGCAAAGAGGCAACCCGGAGUGGUUGGAGUGACAGUUAGCCAUCUAGGUUAUGAAGAAGAGCUCAGCGUUCUGAUGUUUAUUUGUUGCUGUUGAGAACACACCUCAUCAGUCCUGAAUUCCUGACGGUGAGGGAAGAGCUUAAUUUGUAAUCUUAGACCUAAAUUGCUGCAACAAUAAAGAAAGGAAGAGGACAGUAUGUGGAAACGCAUUGAUUGAAUACAACCGUGGGUGGCCCUGCAGCUGUUUCUCCUUGCAUUCCUCGCCAUGAGCUAUGCUACCUGAGACUGAUGGGAGCUGCAGUCCAACAAGAGGAUCACAGAAUGCCCACUUUUCAUUUAUUAAAACACCCUUUUCAAUUGCAGCUCUGGGGGAAUUAUUGCUGCUCCAUGGGAAUAAUAUGCAGAUGCAUUGAAAUAUAUGGCCAGGCGACUUCCGUCCUGCUCUUGAUCUAAUAUUGCCCCUACGCCUCCAUUAGAAGCACCUAUUUGCAGUAUAAAGGGCCUGGAGAAAGAGUACUUUGAGGGCCUCUUGUUCCAUGUUACUCCAUCACUGUGUUUUUCUGUGAACCUCUUUAAUUUUCUUUUUAUUACAAUUUUAUCACAUUUCCAAGACAA